AGGAAAACGUGAAAAAUAUUAAUAGUAGUUUGCUAGGAAGGCGAAAGUGUGGCUCUCGCCACACUUUUUAUGACAAUAUACUCCAUUCCUUAUUGAAAUAUUUUAGAUGUUUCAGAAAUGUUUCAAAACGUAUUCGAAUCAACGACAGUCAUAAAAGUUGUUUAUGUUUGGCACAUGACGAGUUAGCGUUAAAAGAAAGAAAUUUGGGGAAUCAGUAUAUAAAAGAAUCGGAUAUAGAUAAUAUAUUAAACAAGAUAAAUAACAAAUUCCAAUAUAAAGGCAUAAUAGAUAAACAUUUGCUAGAAGAAAUUAUAUAUUUUAUUGAGAUACACGGAAAACUUGAUUCAUCACAGGCCCUUUCAACUUUUCAUUAUUGUGCUCUCUUGAUACAGUGUACAGAAGAACAAAGAAUAAAGUUUAUAAAUACUUUCUGGAAGCUAUGCAAUAUUUAUAAUGUCCCAAUGAAUGUAAGUCUUUAUAAUAUGCUAUUACAACUUUAUGUACAAAAUAAAUAUAAAUUUUCUCCAUUGGAAAUUUUAUCUGAUAUGAAAAAAAGAUCCAUUGAGCCAAAUGAAGAUACAUACAAGAAAAUUUUAGAGUACUAUUGUAAAAAUGGAAAUAUGGAAGAUGCGAUAACUAUAUUUAAAUACAUGAAGAAUGAGAAUUAUCCCUUAGAUAUAGAUAUCUUUAAUUUAAUAAUAAUGGGAUACUUUGAAAUUGGUGAACUAAGUAAUGCAAUAGAUGUUCUUACUAUUAUGCCAAAGAUUAAUCUAAUUCCUUCAAAUGAGACUUAUACUACACUUAUGUGUGGUUUUGCAAAAAACAAUGACAUAGAGAGCAUACAAGAACUAUUAUUUAGAUGUCAAAAGAAAAAAGUAAAUUUUACAAAUAAAAAUAUAUUAGAUGUGAUAUAUGCCUUUAUAGUUCAUAAAAAUGUAGAUUAUGUGGACGAGAUGCUUGACAUACUGAAGAAACCAUACGAAGCAGAAGGUAUAGAUUUUUUUGGAAAAGUUAUCGAUAUAAAACAAGAAGAUAUAGCUACAAAAAUACUUUUUUAUAUGCAUCCUCAUAUAAGAAAUGAUUUUUUCAAGAAUAAAUACGAAAAUUUCUUCAUAAAUAAAUUUAUAUACAGCAAUGUGAUUCCUGAAAAAAUUAUAGAUAUGUGUAGACAUUUUUACACGAAAUUUAAUAAUACCCAAACAUUUACAGAAGCAAUUUAUAUUUCUUUUAAACAUGAUAAUGAUCUUUUAACUUCAAAGUUACUAAAAGAAUGGAAAAACAAUGGUCAUAAACUUAGGCCACAUUAUUUUUGGCCAUUUUUAACUAAAUUUCAAAAUAAUCAUGAUAUUAAAGGUCUUCUGGACUAUGUAAAGGAUAUGAUCACAAUAUAUGAUGUUAUACCUUGUGCACAUACAAUUGCAAAUUUUAUUAUACCUAAUUUAUUAAGCAAUAAUAUCAUUUCUGUCUUUUUAUUAGAAGAACUUGGCAUACCAGAAGAAGUAGCAAGAAAUGCUAUACUCUAUUCUUUGUUAAAUAAAAAUAAAACAAAAUCCGCUUUCAUGUAUGUUUUAGAUUAUCCUAUUUGUUAUAGAGACUUUAUAUUGGGAAGCUCACUCAGACAGGCAUUAUUUAACACAUAUGAUAUUUAUGCUUAUUUGGAAAUUGCAAGGAAUUUGUAUACAGAAACAAGCUCUGGAAAGAUACAAAAAGUUUCUUUGACUGAUAAAAUAUCUGAUAUUAUGGAUUUCUUAUAUGAAAAUCCCACAUGUAUUUCCAAGAUAAUGGAAUAUUUGUUAAAGAACAAAUUACAAAUUUCUAAUGAUAUUUGUGAAACUUUGUUUAAUUAUCAAAAUAAAGAUGUACUGCACGAGGAAGUGGAACAAUCGGAAAGUAUAUUUAAAACUUUGAUUACAACAGAAAUGGAAAAUGAACAGACGCAAACGAAAGAUUUGAUGUCGAAACAAUUGCAUUCUUUUACUUCUCGUGACCCUACAAUUCCAUUCAAAAUCUUAUUGCAUUCAAAAGGCUGGAGUACUGCUAUUACACGUGACAUGAAUAUCUUUAUAGCAGAUCAAUUAUUAAAACAAUAUACGAUCGAGGAAAGUAAAAAGAUUUUAAAAAAAUUAAUAAAUGAAUAUCCUACUUAUGCCAGCUCUCAAUUAUCUUUAACUUAUGCACAAAAUUUAGUAUCAGUAGGUAAUUUAGAUGAUGCAGCAGAAAUAAUUGAGUAUACCGGCAAGAUAAUAAAAUGCGAUGGAAAUAUAUUAGAAAAAUACACUAAAUCAUUAUUGAAUGAAACUGCUUUAACGGGCAAUGAAGAAGUAGUAAAAAGAUUUUAUGACAUAUUUCUAAAUAUAAAUUAUAUGAAAUCACAGAAUUUUUUAGAUCCAUUUAUCAUAAUUCAUAUUGAACAGGGUAAUAUAAUUAAAGCUUUGGAAACUGCUAUAACAUUGGGUGAAAAAUAUAAACACAUACCUGCAUUAAAGGAAUUAAUUGAAUCAAUAGUCUUAACAAAAGAUGUGAAAUUAUUGCAACAUUUUAUAAAUGUUGCUACAAAAAUUUAUAAGGAACAAUAUAUUUUAAUAGAAUUAAUCCUAUGCUUUCUGAAAAAUGACUUCCUAGAAGAAGCUAAAAAAGUAAUAAAGUUUUUUUGUACAUCCAAUUACAAAUUUACAGUUAUACAGGACAGCUUACACAAUUCUUUUGAAAAAAAGUAUACCACAAUAUUAGAAAAAUUACUUGACUUUUCAGUAGACUAUCCUAAUGCAAAUAGAUCUAUUAUAUAUGAAUGUCUUAUCGAAAUUUAUGUUGAAGAAAGAGAUUACAAAAAUGGGUUGAAUUUACGGAGAAAAAUGCAGAAAGAGAAAGUAUCACCAACUGAGAAGUUCACCACAUAUUUUAAUAAACUAUCAACAAAUUUUCCGAUUCAUACAAAUUUAAGAAAGCUAUAAAUUAAAACGGCAUAAAUGUAUGACGCGUAUCCACACGUACAACAUAUUUUGAUUAUAUAUGUAUACACGUGUGUGCGUGUGUGCGUGUGUGCGUACAUUGCAUAUGGCUACUGUUACUAACUUAUUUCAUGUAUAUAAACAUGUUCUAUGUUUUAUUUAUAUGAAAUAAAAAUAUAUAGUUCUUUAUUUUUUUCAUAUUA